UCUGGCACGGCUUCGGAGGUGGAGGCUCUUCCCGUUCCUUUGCUGUCCGGCGGCGAAGAGAGGAGGGCAGUGGCGGUCGGCUGGCGCGCGGGGGGCGUCUCUGGGCGAGAGGAACGCGGCGGGGGAUGCCUUUGUGACGUGACUGGAACGCUGAAGCGUUUUAAAAGUUGCGCUUGGAAGAGCGAGUGGGGAAACGGCCCGCCGCCUCCUUCCAGCGUGGCUCCCCCUUUGGGGCUCUGGGAUCUUCGGUCCCUGCUUCCCCAGGCGCCGCUGCUGCCCACCCUUUUAACCUUCAGCCAUGCUGACCAGAGAAUGGACUCGGGGGAGUACGAUGUGUUGUCGGUGCGGGAGCAGCUCUUUCACGAGAGGGUCCGGGAAUGCAUCAUCUGCACCCUUCUCUUUGCCAGCCUCUACAUCCUCUGCCACUUCAUUCUAACCCGCUUCAAAAGGCACACAGACUUCACUGUUGACGAAGACGAGGAUGCUGCUGUCAACAGAAUUGCGCUGUGGCUGUGCACCUUCACCUUGGCGGUCUCUCUUGGUGCUGUGCUCCUAUUGCCUUUCUCCAUCAUCAGCAAUGAAGUCCUGCUGUCAUUUCCACAGAACUAUUACAUCCAGUGGCUGAAUGGCUCCCUCAUCCAUGGGCUCUGGAAUCUGGUUUUCCUCUUCUCCAACCUCUCCCUUGUCUUCCUUAUGCCUUUUGCCUACUUCUUCACUGAGGCUGAAGGCUUCGCAGGAUCAAAGAAGGGGAUCAUGGCUCGCGUCUAUGAGACCUUUGUGGUGCUCCUGUUGCUAACCUUGUUGGUGCUGGGAAUGGUCUGGGUUGCAUCAGCCAUCGUGGACAAUGAUGCAGCCAGCAGGGAAUCUCUGUAUGACUUCUGGGAGUAUUAUCUCCCCUACCUCUAUUCGUGCAUCUCCCUGUUUGGUGUGCUGCUGCUGCUGUUGUGCACACCCUUUGGCCUGUCACGAAUGUUCACCGUUACGGGGACACUACUGGUGAAGCCCAGGCUACUGGAGGAUCUAGAUGAGCAACUAAACUGUACAGGGUUUGAGGAAGCUGCCAUUUGUCGUAAGAUCAACUCGGGGAAAACUUCCUGCUGGCUCAACCUUGACAUGGACUUGUUGAGACAACAAUAUCUGGCAAUCCACACGCACAGGAUAACACUGGAAACACGCCGCAAGGCCUCCGCUUGGCAAAGGAACCUGGGCUACCCACUAGCCAUGCUUUCUCUUCUCUCUCUGACGGGUAUCUCUGUUCUUGUGGUCUGCUUCCAUGUCUUGGAGCUGUUGUUAGAUGAUGCAGCAAUGCCCCGAGGAAUCCAGGAGGCACCGCUGGGGAAAGUUUCCUUCUCUGUCUUUGGCUCCUUUGGGGCAGCCAUGCAGGUGGUUCUGAUAUUCUAUCUAAUGAUUUCCUCCGUUGUGGGGUUCUAUAGUUCUCCUCUCUUCACCAAACUGCUGCCUGAACAACAUGACACAACUAUGACCAAGAUUAUCGGGAACUGUGUCUCCCUGUUGGUGUUGAGCUCAGCGCUCCCUGUUUUGUCUCGUACACUGGGGAUCACGAGGUUUGACCUGCUAGGAGACUUUGGGAGGUUUAACUGGCUGGGAAACUUCUACAUUGUCUUUCUCUACAACAUGCUCUUUGCUGGCCUCACUACUCUUUGCCUGGUGAAGAAAUUCACCUGGGCUGUACAAGCUGAACUCAUCAGGGCCUUUGGCCUCCACAAGCUGCCUCUGCCCGUGACACGAUCCCAGCAGCCGAGCAAACUCAGCUAGAACCAUCAUCAGUGCCUGAAUGUAGCCUGGGGCAAGGUGACAUUGGCCUGCCAGCUGCUGCAAAGACAUUCUUGACCUGGACAUCAUGACUGUGUUUUAUCCUCUGAGCCACGGUCCUUGCAGUAGGAAGAGGGCAGUGGGCAUCUUACUGUUGCCCGUAUUUGACCAAUGACUUGAUGAAACUUGAAGGAUUGGGGGGGGGGGUGUUUGUAGACUCCCCCCUCCGCUUCUCACUGUGUCCCAGAAGCCUGAGGAGAGGAUGAGCUUGAACCACUAAAGAGAGCUCAGUGUCUUCGAUUCCCAUCGACCAAGGGAGCCUCUUGCAGUUCCUCCUCGUGAAGGACUGAAGCAGUAGGGGACUGACUGUGGAGAAGGAGGCACUGAACUGUGCUGGAGAGACUUUAAUGUGAAACUGGCCCUCGGGGUGAUGUAAGGGAGCAAAGCCCAAGGGCAUUGGCUGAUGGGCAAAGUGCCUGGUGACCCUGGUUUCAGCAGGGAACACUAAAAAUACUGCUUUUGCUCCCCUCCCUUGUUUACAUUCUCUGUUUUAAACCUCAUGCCUGCCUUGCCCUCACUUCUGACACUAGAUCCUGUGGCCUAAAGCAGUCGGCGGUGGUGGGGGGCAGGCAUCUUUCCCCUUGAAUUUUGAGCCAGUUCCAAAUAGUAGUUGUGAACUCUGUUCCAUGUUUACAUACCUCACUUAAGUGCAAUAGGAGCUGGUGCAGUUGGGCCAGAUAUCCCCUUGCCUUUCCACUGAACUCUGUGCAUGUUGGGUGUGUGGAUGUAUGUGUGCUUGCCUGUGCUUUCAGUAUUUACCUUCCUCUUCCAUAACGGUGGGCAUCAGAGUAAUGUGGACACGUUCCCCUCUCCUCUUCCCAGUGACCGAUGAAAAACUCAGUAAGAUCCAUUGAGGGUGCUGCCUGUAAGAGCAGUCAAUUGAGCACCACUGCUCUCAGCUGUGUCAUUGCAGGGUAGUGAAUGUGGGCUUUUCUGAAGCUGGCCAAGAGACAAGGCCAUGUCCCAUACUCCAGCCCACUGCCUUGUUACAGGGGAGUUUGAUCCUGCAAUGGAUAACUCCGUAGCCCCCUCUGCCCAGCAUUUCCCCCUUGUCUCUCCUGAAGUUCCUGGUCCUAGCAACAGCUCCAUUAUUGUGUGUGGGAAGAGGCGCAGUAAAGUUUGGAUCUUGAAUGAUAUGGAGGUAAUUGUACUAAAUCAGAUGAAACAGGUUAAGCAUUCUAGAGAAAUUCAUGUUGGAAGCCAUUCUACCUUUUCCUGCUUACAACAAGCAAACACAAGCUCAUCUUCAUUGUAGUGACAUAGUUGUGGAUCCCUUGAGUGCUUCUUCUGGGUAUCUGUUACAGCUAUGGGGUCCCAGGUUGACUCCCCCAGUUUGUACGAGCCUGUAUUGAACAAGGGAAAGAUGAGCAAAUGUAAUUCCCAAAUUAAAAGGAAAGGAUAGAAUAUAGAAAUUCAGCUGAGGAAAUGAGGAGAGGGCAGGUGUCCAACAGGCUACCACAGAUGGCAAGCCAUCAUGCCUUCCAGAAACUAGAGUGUAUGUAUAUAGAGUAGUUGGUGGGUUGUGCCUUUUGGUUAGGAGUUGCUUCUCCUUGUGUCCGUUUCCACUGUACUGUAGUACUGUUGUCCUGCUCUGUGUGUGUGUGUGUGUGUGUUUUGCUGCCAGGGUUCAGGUGCCAGUGUAAGACUGUAACUUUCCCAUCCAUAUUGGAAAUACAAGCAAAAGUUUGCAUCAAGGCAAGCAGCUCUCCCAAACAGCUCCUGAGUGCCCCUUGCAGCUGAUUUGGAGAAUUACAGAUUGUCAAACCCAGAUGCAAUGUAAGGCAUCUGUAAUCUAAGCUUAAUUGUAUAGCGGAAUUUAAGAGGGCUGAGUAUUUAAGCCCUGCGUCCUCCACACCACCUAGCAUUGGCUAGGAAGAGAGCUGUGUGCUGUGAAUUUUUUUGCUUCAUGAACACACAGCAUUGUAGGUCCUACCGCAGUAUGUGUGUGGAGGCAACAUAACUGAAGAACUGUGAACCUGCCUGUAUUUUGCUUUGGUUGCACAUUAUGCUUGCCUGGUUUCAGUUACUGCACUGUUCUUGGGGCUUUUACCCAUUUAAGCAAUAAAUUGCCUGGUUGGUUUUUCCUUCCCA